AUUCCCUCUUUUAGUUCUCCAUUGAGAAAAGUAGUCUGCACGUCCAUUUGGUGUAAUUCUAAAUUUAGACGUGCAACUAUAGCCAAAAGCAAUUGAAUUGAGGUAAAUUUCACAACUGGUGGAAAAGUUUCCUCAUAAUCUAUUCCAGCUUCUUGAGUAAAACCUUUUGCCACCAAUCUUGCUUUGUGUCUUUCUAUUGAUCCAUCUGAUUUGCGUUUAACUUUGAGAAUCCACUUGUUCCCAAUAGCUUUACGCCCAGAAGGAAGAUCAACUAGAUCCCAGACUUUAUUGGUUUUCAUGGACUCUAAUUCUUCUUUCAUCGCUUUUAUCCAUUCAUCUUUUUCAGGACUUGAUAAAGCCUCAGUCACAGAAUUAGGUUCAUCCAAUUCUGUAGGAGAUACCAGAAAAACAUAAUCCUCAAUUUCAUAAGAUCAUUUAGGCACACCUUUUCUGGUACUCUUACGUAAUUGAAGUUCAGAUUCCUCAAUAGGAUUUUGGGAUUCACGACUCCCACUUGGACCAGGAAUCAUUUCUUGAUCACUAGAAUUAUCAAGCAUGUCCUGUGACAUUAUUUGAUCAUCUGAAUUCAACAUUUCGUAAAGGAGCUCAUUUUCCUUUAUUUCAUUCGUUUUUGAAAAAUCGUUUUCCAAAAAUGUGACAUCUCUUGAUUCAAUUUCAGUAGUACUUCCAUCUUCCAAUUCACCAGUGAACACAUAUCCUUUGGAGUGUUCAGAGUAUCUUAUAAAGAUACACUUCUUUCCUUUUGGACUUAGUUUUCCAAACUUACCAAAAUGAUCUUUAAUAUAUGCAGCACAACCCCAAGGUCGUAGAUCAUUAAAGUUUGGUUUAUUACCAGUCCAUAGUUCAUAAGGAGUAGAAGAUACUUAUUUAGAAGGCACUUUAUUUAAUAUGUAGGCAGCAGUUAAUAAUGCAUCUCCCCAGAAAGAGAUUGGUAAAUUUGCCUGCGCCAUCAUGGACCUUGUCAUAUCCAACAAUGUUCUAUUCCUCCUUUCGGCUACACCAUUUUAUUGAGGUCUAUAAGGAGUAGUCAAUUGUCUGAUAAUGCCUUUUUCAAUACACAGUUUUUCAAACUGUUUUGACAGAUAUUCACGUCCUCUAUCGGUUUUUAGUGCCUUUAUACUUUUGUCUAAUUGAUUCUCAACUUCAUUCAUAUAUCUUUUGAAGCAUUCAAAUGCUUCUGAUUUAUGAGAUAUCAAAUAGACAUAACCAAAAUGCGUGAAAUUGUCAAUGAAUGUAAUGAAAUAUGAAGCACCAGUCCUUGUCCUCACAUUCAUUGGACCACAAUAUCAGAAUGGAUUAAUUGCAAUGGGAAUUCGGCUCUUUUAGCCUUCCCAAAUGGUUUACGUGUAAUCUUUCUAGCAAGACAAUUUUCACAAGUUGACAUUUCAAUUUUGGAGAAAGAACCUAGAUGUCCUUCCUUUGCCAAUCUAUUCAUUCGGUCUUGCCCUAUAUGACCCAAUCUAGCAUGCCAUGUAAUUAUAUCAGCAUCAUUAUUACUAGAAUAACAUGGCAUUACACAACGGUCGACAUAAUAGUCAAUAAAGUGGUCAUAGCGAUGUCCAAAACAAUAAAAAACAUUAUCUAGAGUAAUUCUUACACAAUUAAGACUAAAGAACAAAUUAAAACCAACAUCUAAGAGAACAGACACAGACACUAAGUUUCGUCGAAUUUCUAGAGCAUAUAGGAUGUCAUAUUACUAGAAUAACAUGACAACGGUCGACAUAAUAGUCAAUAAAGUGGUCAUAGCGAUGUCCAAAACCAUAAAAAACAUUAUCUAGAGUAAUUCUUACACAAUUACGACUAAAGAACAAAUUAAAACCAACAUCUAAGAGAACAGACACAGACACUAAGUUCCGUCGAAUUUCUGGAGCAUAUAGGACGUCAUGCAACAUUAAAGACCGUCUUUCACGCAAAUCUACUUUGCAAGUGCCAAUCCCUUUGACUUCAAGUCUUGCAUUAUUUCCUACAUAGAUCCACCUUGAUCCAAGUGAAACUCGACGGAACUCCACAAACGCUUCUCGAUCUCGACUCACAUGGUCGGUGGCUCCUGAGUUUACAAUCCACAUAGGAUAAGAUUCAGUUCAUAAAAUAGUGCUAGAAACAUAUUUAGCACUUAGAGAUGUGUUUAGAAAUGCUACCUUUUUCCCUUCAGGACAUUCACGAGCAAAAUGCCCCAGAUUUUGGCAAUUGUAUCACUUCAUCUUGCUUUUGUCUUUCUUCUUGAAAAACUUCUUCUUCUUGAAGUUUGGCUUGUUUUUUUUCUCAAAGGGUCCUUGUUCGGUCUCUUUACCCUUCCCGCUCUUUUUCCACUUCUUCUUACGCUUGAGUCCUGAAGAGUCCUUACCACUUGAUUCAGCCAUAAAGGCAUUAGAAGCAACUUUAGCAGCACCAAGCCGCUCAUCUUCAAGUUCAACAUGACGCGUAACAUCAGAAAAAGUUUUGAUGCUGUCAUUGUGGGUUAAGUUGACCUUUAGGUGUUCCCAACUGUUGGGAAGAGAUUGGAUCACUGCCUGAACCUGCUGCUCAUCCGAGAGAACGUGACCAACACUUUUGAGUUGAGCUAUCAUAUUCGACAUCACCCUAAGGUAUUGUUUGAUGUUCUGAUCAUGACGCUUCUUGUAAGUGUCAAAUUUGAUAGUCAGCUGUCUGAGGCGGGUAACGGAAGUACCCCCAUGUGUUCCUCGCAAGUGUGCCCAGAUGGCAUGAGCAGUAGGAAAUUCCUCACACUCAUGUAUGAGGUCAUCAACCACAGAACUUACAAUGAUUCCACGUGUAAUGGAAUCAGCCUUUUUCUAAGCCUUAUAAGCUUCAAGUUCUCUUCUGUGUUGUGCGGUAUUGCCCUCUUCUGGUAGACUCAAGGCAUGGUUAAUACCUUCAAGAGCGUUUUGCUCUUCCAGUACAUACCACAUCUUACGACUCCAAAUGUCGUAGUUGUCCCCAUUUAGUUUUUCUCCUUUGUUCAAGUCAGCAAUUAUGCUUUUAUAUGCCAUGUCUGUUAUUAAGAGACAAUUACGCAAGUAUAUUAUCAAUUAUGCAUACAAGUUACACAUUCAAGCAAUUGAUUUCACAUAAAGGUUUCAUGUUUAGUGUAUAAUCGAAAAGAUACAUAAGAAUCCAAUCAUCAUAUACUAACUAAACACUUAACCAAAAUUAGAAAUUAAUUUCUUAAUGUGCAUUAGAAUGAUAGCUUUCAAUUAAGUCGUUUAAAACUAAAACAAAUAAAUGAAAUUCAUAUAAAAGGAUAUAAAUAACUUAAUAUAUAUAAUAUAAAGUUUAUAAUAAUUUCAUGUUACAAGUCAAACUAAACAUAAAAGUUAUUCCACAAAUAUUCUAGACGACUUAUGUACACCCAAAAAGGCUCGCUAGGCCAAAUCUCGUGGUAAACAUCAAUUAUCUCUCACCCUAAGGAACAGAGAGAAUUUGCUAAAAUAGCUAAUGCUUCCCAAUCCAAGAUUUCUAUAUAGUUUUCUAGUUCUACACGUAUCAUCUCAAACAGAUGUAUAAAACUAGCAACACUAAUGUUAGGUGACAUCUUAAAAGACGUGAAUUCUAUCAAUUUCUUUUGUCUUUCCCUUCGUAUAGCCCUCUCAUUUCGUAACAGAUUUUGUGUGGCUCUGGGGACCCCAUUUCAUAUGAUCUCACGACCUCGAAAACAUGUCCUUCGGCGACGUGCUCUUCCACUUCCUUUCUUUGCUCGACAUCCAGAACUCCCACUUGGAGUGAUUCGAGUUUGUCCCCGUUCAGCCAUUUCUGAAAUAGGAACCAAGAAACAAUAAGAAUGGUUAAACCACUCAAUGUGACACUUAUGUCAUAAUUUAUCGUAGAAGGCUAAAUCCGAAAACAAAGUUAAGGGCUAAUUAAGACAAAAGUUAUAUCAAGCCUAAUUUAUACCCUUGUUAAUAAAUAAAAUCAAAGGCAUAAAGUAUUUUAUUCUUUUUUUAUAGAAGAUUCCCAAAAAGAACUCUUAAUUAUUAUUUAAAAGAAAUAAGUGCUAACAACAUCACUUUAUAACAUUUUUCAAUUUUUAAUAUAUGUUUGUACUACAAAGUAGUACUUGUACUACACUCAUAUUAGUACACCAUAUAAUAAUAAUAAAAAAAUGCAUUCAACAAAUCUUCUGUGAGUUGUUUCUGAACAAACAAAAAAAGAAAAACGCCAUACUCAUUUUAUUAAUUUUUAUUAUUUUUAUUAAAAGGGAAUGAAGAAAAAAAAUAAACCACAGAACCCUUUUCUACAUCAGUAGAGUAAUUAAUUAGUACAUGUUCUACUUAAAAGCCACUUCUCAAUAGUCAACAACAAGAAAAAAAAAACAUUCAUGCAAAAAUUCUUUAAGAUUUCCUGCGAAUUUAUUUUCGCCGGAUUCUUCCAACCCGAAAUCCACUUUGAUCCACUGGCUCCACCCACCAACGACGAAACCGUCGUCGGAAACGGUCUGAAAAACUCCAUAAUCGGCGAUCAACAACCGUCGUUUCCAUUUUUCCGGCGUAGCCCGCCUAAGCACCACCCGUUGCCGGCUAAACUACUGACUCAUUCUGGGUUUCUUAAAAAAAUAAUGUAGCGGCGCGUCUGACUGGAUCAACGACUCGUCUUUUUGGAGUAGAGAGGUGUUUGACCAGACUAGCGGCACGUCUGACCGGAGACCGGUGAUUUUGCGAAGAUGGUUUAAAAUUUUGGUCAAGACUUUCCUUUUUGGUGGUUUGUGAGAUGAGCUUAAUUAGGUUGCAUAUGUAGCAUGGCACCUACUCAACAUACAACAGAGGCAACUUUAGAUAGGAAACCAAAAUAUUCUGUUAAGAUUGCUGCUACAGGUAAAACAAACACUAUACCCUCUGAUUCCGAGUGGAAUAGCUUCAAUUGUAGGAGUAGCUACGGACAUAACAUUGUUCAAAUGGAAAGUACCUUGAAAGCACGAACUACUAAAGCUUCAAACAGUACCAUGGAUGUGGCUGUCGAUGUAACUGGGUCUGCAAGAAGCAGUGACAUCAGAUUAGCUAUGAAGGCAGAUCCUGAUGAAACUGAAUACUCAAGCUCAUUUGUUGAAACUACAUCUGGAAAUGAUAAUGGUUCUGGGCCUAGUGAUGCUGAAGUGGAGUCACGGUUCUAUGAUGAUAGUGGCUUGGUAUCUUCGUUCUAUGGGUUUAGCAGCUUGUUUCCAAUAAGGUCUAUCUUGAUCCUAUGCUUCUCCAGGAAGAAAAAGUUGACCUCUCACUGGAGAGACUUUAUACGUCCCAUAAUGUGGCGGUGUAAAUGGGCAGAACUCAAGAUGAAAGAGCUUCAGUUGCAGGCAGCAAAGUACAAUAGGGAGAUAUCAGCACAUGAUAGGAGAAGAUAUAGGGAGUUAAAUCAAGCUUCUUUGGAAGAGUUAGGCUCGAAAUCAUUGCCAUUUAUUCAUCCCAGGCACAGGAAGAGGACCAUGAAGAGGAGGAAGAGGAAGAGAGUUGAGGACGGAACAGAUAUUACAACACAUAUGUCUACUCAUAACCUUUUCUCUUAUUUUGAAAGUAAAAGGCUGGAUUUGGAUGGGACACCACCUGGAGAUGAUAUUAGUACUGCAGCAUUGGCAGGACAGAAAAUCAAUGGCCAGGAUGAGUUUGGUAUUGAUGAUGAUUUUUCAAUUCUCGUAAGCAGCAAUGGUUAUCUAGAGCAGAUCCUUCGGAAAAUUGAACUAGUACAUAGUCGGGUUCAUAAGCUGAAAGACCAGCUUGAUACAGUGACGACGAAAAAUGCGAUUAAGUUUUCUUCCUCUGAGAAUUUAAUGUCCCUUGAUGGACAGGCUAGCUCUAUUCGUAGCCCUACAUUCUCGGCAUGCAAUGGAGGCACAACAUCAGCUGGAGGUUUAUAUGCUACAUUUCAGCAUGUGGUAGAUUAUGAUCUCAGAGAUUUCAUUAUGCCUGACAGUGCAAUGUCAAGCUAUGGAGAGGCUAUGCCUAUUCCUGACAUAAUAGAAAGUACAGUAGGACUUUUGUCCUCUGUGGAUGUCACACAGCAGCAGGUGCAUGUUGGAGAUUCAAGCGAAAAAAUUGUAGAUAACAUUCUCAUACAUAAUGAAGUAUCUGAAGUAGGACACAUUUUGACGAUGAAUCAUGACAAAUCCUUUGAGAAGCAUCAAGAUGUGGGAAAUAAUGUGGAAGAAGAUAUCUUUAAUCAAGCUCCCCCUGCAUCAGAAGCAAAUGCAGCAGGUAAAGCAUCAAUAUCUCAGGAACAAUCAACAUUGAAAUCGUGCUUAGCCUCGGAGAUCCAUUUUCCCAAAAACAAAAGAAAGAGAGGAGAGCGUAAAGCUAGUUCAGGUGGUUGGAAUCGUAAGAUACCAGGUGAACCUGAUAGCCAGUGACUUAUAUAAAGUAGAUGUUUUGACGUAUCAAACAUUUUCAAGAAAUGCAACCUCGUGAUAAUGGUGGAUGACUCCGACACGUUCCAUGCAGUUGACCUGCUCAAAGUAGGCUGCUCAUUUGAGAUGAUCUCUUAAGUUCCAUAGGAGAGUUCUAAUGGCUCUAAUUUGAGGAUGCCAUACUCGUAUUUAGUAGUCAGGUAGAGCUGAAAAUACCACCAUUGGUAGUGUAACCUUGUUGUAGCUAGGAUAGUGCGUCUUUUAGCCUUGGUAUUGCUAAUCUACUGCGUAGCUGUUUUAUGCCUUGUGAAAUUGAAUACACUUUUGAAUUUAUUUAUGCAAGUAAACAUUAGUGCA